GUAGUUUGUACUUUUGCUUCAGGUUUUUGCUGAUUUCUUGUUUUCGAAAUAAUGUAAUUAGUAAUAUUACUGAUUUUAUGCAUAGUUUUAAAUUAGUACAAUGCAUUUAUAUAGACAAUAGACACCCCAACGAAAAUAUAGACUUAAUAUCCGUAACAAACAUGAGCGUUGUAGUUGUGGAGGAUAGAUCUGGCGAUUGCAAGAUGUUUAAAGAAGAAUUAAGUUUGGAGAAUAUGAUAAACAUGUGCCGAGUGUGUUUAUUCACAGAUAAAAGACAAAUGGAGCCUUUACUGCCUCUGGAAGGCGAAGGCCUUGCAGAAAUGUAUGCUACACUAACAUCUAUCGAUGUGUCUCAAGAUGACUUCCCCUCGCAAGUUUGUGGAUCGUGCCGAGCAGAGAUUGAGCACUCUUAUCUGUUCCGGGCUAAAUGCAUCAAAUCUAACGACUUAAUAAAAUCCUUGUUAAAAGAAGGAGCUGGAAUAAAAGAAACAUUCAUUAAAAAAAGGGAGUCUUCACAAAAUAUCAGUGUAAUUGUAAGCAAAGCUGAAAUCAAAGACGAGGAUGAUGAAAUUACAGACAUACAGUAUUUAGAAGAAGACCUGAUCAGUGACGAUGAACAAUGUAAGGAAGAGACGGACAGCAAGAGCAUCUUGGAAAACACGAAAGCAUCAGGCAAGAAGAAUCUUAGAAAAUUAGUAUCUGUUACAAAUAAUAAGGAUCGGAAUUAUUACUGCGCAUCAUGCAAUAAGAAAUUCAAAAAGAUGAAAGCUCUCCGUAACCACAUGAAAAAGCAUGAAAAAGAGGUUGAGGCCAACGCGUGCGGGCAGUGUAAGGAGGCUUUCACAUCGGCACACGACUUACAGCUGCAUAGUGCUGUGCACCUCAAGGGGCCAGUGUGGACGUGCCCUAACACUGACUGCCAGAAAGAGUACAACAAUCGCACAGUAUUUCGCCGUCACGUCCGCCGUCACAUGCUCGGCAAGCGGCACUGCUGCGAGCGCUGCGGCAAAGGCUUCGCCGAGCGCCACGCCUUAAGGCGGCACUCGCGGGUGCACUCCGGCCAACCCGCGCCGCGGGACCACGCCUGCCACAUGUGCGAUAAGCGAUUCACGGACGGCAGUCUACUCGCGGCGCAUAUAGCGCGUCACACGGGAGAGUUACCCUGCGCUUGUCCCGUGUGCGACAAACGCUUCCCCUCCGCGCGGCUGCUCGCCUCACACGCGCUAGUCCACUCCGAUCUCAAGCCGCACGCCUGCCACUUCUGCGACCGGCAGUUCCGGCACGAGUCUACGCUACGCACCCACCUACGCACGCACACAGGAGAGAAACCCUAUGUGUGCUCCGUCUGCGGAAAGACUUUCAUACAGAACUCCAAUCUCACGCUUCACAUGCGUACGCAUACUGGCGAGCGACCUUAUUCGUGUUCUGUGUGUUCGCGACGCUUCACUUCAGGCUCUUCACUGAAGACUCACGCUCGAACACACACCGGUGAAAAACCCUAUAGCUGCGAACUGUGCGGGAAGAGGUUCGCGCGGCUGGACGUGCGCGCGCACCUGCGGCUGCACGCGGGCGAGCGUCCGUUCGCGUGCUCGGCGUGCCCCAAGGCCUUCGUCAGCGCCGCGCGCCUGCGCGACCACACGCGGAUACACACAGGCGAGCGUCCGUACGAAUGCGCAAUGUGCCCACUAAAAUACCCGACCAAAUCCCACCUAGUAAAGCACCUAAAGACCCACGAGACGAAAAAGAAGCCCAAAAACAAAGUGAUCAUAGUCCAACACAUCGAACAGUACGAAAACUACGAGAAAGAUAUCGGCGAGCAAGUUCCUUUAGAAGUGACGGGUGAAUUGGUACUUCAGGAGAACGGGGAGAUUAAAACUGAGUUGUUGGUAGUAGAUGAGCAGAUUAGCGUGUACACAAACGUGGAAGGCUUUGUGAGCAGCGGGUUUGAGGAGCGCGUGGUGAUACAUCCAAAGAUACCUGACUUUUAACUAGUAAUUAUAUUUUUAUGUCUUAA